AGCAUUCAACAGGGAGAUAAGAGAAAGAAAGCUUUGAUCUGAAUUUCUUUCUUUCUUGAGAGAUAGAGAGAGUGAGAGAGAGAAGAGUGAGGAAAGAUGGCCUUUGUUGAGUCCGUUGUCGGGUUCCUCCUCCAAAAACUCACUGACCCGAUCAUUCAAGAAGCCAUUUUCUUAGAUGGGGUUCGCGAUCAAGUCGAAUGGCUCGAGGAAGAAUUCACACGGAUGCGAUGCUUCCUGAAAGACGCAGAUGCCAAACAGGAUUCAGAUGUAAGAGUGAAGAACUGGGUGCGGAACGUGAGAAAUGUUGCAUAUGAUGCUGAGGACGCCAUCGACAUCUUUGUCUUCAAGAUAGCACCCUUGAGGCAAAGAGGAUUUCUGGGUCGCAUCAGAAGGUAUGCUUUCAUCUUCCAUGAUUUGUCAGCUCUCCAUAAAUUGGGCUUGGAGAUUGAACGGAUAAAGACUAAAAUCAGUUCGAUCUCCGAAAGUAGGUUGGCUUAUGGAAUUGAAAAUAUAGGUCAGGGAGGAGGCACGAGCUCCUCGGGUCUAAGCCUCCAAGAGUGGAGGCUCACUUCUCCUCUUGCUCAAGAACCAGAUUUUGUUGGGUUUGAAAAAGAUUUGGAGAUAUUGGUGGAUCGAUUGACGAAGGGAAAGCGGCGUUUUGUUGUUUCUGUAGUUGGAAUGGGUGGUCUUGGUAAGACCACUCUUACAAAAAAAGUUUAUAACGACACCCGUGUUAAGACGCAUUUUCAGUCUUUUGCAUGGAUUUCUAUAUCUCAAGAGUAUGGUGUGAGAGAUCUUCUUCAGAACAUCAUGAAUUGCUAUAUGGUGCUCUCAGAAGAGGAGAUCAAGAAAAUGAAUAUCUUUCAGCUGAGGCAUAAAAUUUCAGAGUAUUUGCAAGGUAAGAGAUACCUGAUGGUACUAGAUGAUAUAUGGACGAACGAAGCAUGGGAUGCUCUCAAGGAUGCUUUCCCAGAUAUGAAUAAUGGAAGCAGGGUUAUGCUCACCACGCGCAACAAAGACGUAGCUUUACAUGCAGAUGCACGAAGCCUGCCGUAUGAAUUACGAUUUUUAGAAACAGAUGAGAGUUGGGAAUUGUUCUGUAAGAAAACAUUCCCAAGACAAGAUACCGAUUGCCCUCCAGAAUUGGAGACAUUGGGAAGAGAGAUUGUGGCAAAAUGCCAUGGUCUACCUCUUGCGAUCGUAGUCAUUGGAGGGCUGUUAUCAAGGAAAGAGCCGUGGGAGUGGGAGAAUAUACACAAGAGCAUUAGCUGGCAAUUUGUUGAAGGACAGCCUGAAAUCUCUAGAAUCUUAUCUUUGAGUUAUAAAGAUCUGCCCUAUCACUUAAAGCCAUGUUUUCUCUACUUGGGCAUUUUUCCAGAAGACUAUGAAUUCCAGGCAAAGAAACUGAUUCAAUUGUGGGCCGCGGAAGGGUUGCUGCAACAGAGAGGGAAUGAAAAACUAGAGGAGGUGGGAAAAGAUUGUCUGAAAGAGUUGAUUCAACGAAGUCUGAUUCAGCUUGCUAAAAGAAGUUCGAGUGGGGGUAUCAAAAGUUGCCGUAUUCAUGAUCUUUUGCGGGAUCUUUCCAUAUUAGAAGCAAAGGAAGAUAAGUUUCUCCAAGUUCAUCGUGAGAAUGUGGAUGCUCUGUCCACAUCUACAGCUCGUCGACUUGCAAUUUACCGUAAUGCUUCAAGUGAGUGCACUUCUUCAAAAUUUUCCGCUCCACGCCUUCGAUCUUUCCUGAUCUACACCCAAGUUGAUGAGAAGCAUGAAAGGAAACCAGAGAAGUUUCUUUACCAAGGCUUUAAAUUACUCAGGGUGUUAGAUCUACACAAUGUAGCAAUAAAAAGUCUACCGAGUGAGAUAGGUGCACUGAUCCACUUGAGAUACCUUGGGUGUACCAACACUUUUUUAAAAAUGCUCCCAUCAUCGAUAGGCAAUCUUCGCAAUUUGCAAACACUGACUGUAACAACUUAUAACGACGCCGUCAACAUACCCAUCAUAAUGGAGAAGAUGAAACAGUUAAGACAUGUCCAAGUGAAGAGCGCAUAUCAAGGGUCUAGUUAUGUAAGUUGGGGUGUGAUAAAAGGGCAUGAACGAGUCAACCAGAUUAGUAACCUCCAAACUCUAUCAUAUGUAAAGGCCGGUGAAUGGAUGGUGGGUUGCUUGGGAAAGCUUACCAAUCUUAGGAAACUAGGAAUAAAUUUAGAUGAUGGACCAUAUGUUGAGGUAUUGUACAAAUCCAUUGUCAAAUUGGACUGCCUGCAGUCCUUAAGUGUGAAUGGGUCCCAGUUACCAUCGAAUUUGCAUUUCACAUGUCUUAGCAAGUUAAUUAAGUUGCGUUUGGUUGGAAUUUUAGAGAAGUUACCCGAGUCUACUGAAUUCCCAACAAACCUCACCAAGCUCACCUUGUUACUCUCCCAUUUAAAGCAAGACCCACUGGCGACGUUGGAUAAGCUGAAAAACCUUCGCAUUCUCAGAUUGCUGAAAGGUUCAUACGAGGGGAAGCAAAUGGCUUGCUCUGAACAAGGGUUUCCUCAACUCGAAUCCUUACAUCUUGAAGAUUUAGAUCAAUUAGCAGAGUGGAGUGUGGCGGAAGGAGCUAUGCCAAGUCUUUUACAUUUGCAUAUUAGUGGUUGCUGGCAAUUGAAGAUGCUUCCGGAAGGGCUGGAAUACGUGACUACCCUCAGGAAAUUGGAGUUGUGGAGCAUGCAUCAAGGAUUCAAGGAUAGGGUUGGAGACGGGGGAGAGGAUUGGCAUAAGGUUCAGCACAUACCCUCCAUCGACAUACGCUCUAGGAACUUCUAAGCACUUGCACUUUCUGUCGUCGCGAGACCUACAUUGGACCCUUUUUGGAUGAAGCCAUGCUAGCGGUCGUCUGGUUUGACACACGCAAGUCGCUGUAUGUUGGAUGAAACCAUUGUUCGUCCAUCUAGUUGACCUUCUUUGGUGGACCAUUGCAUAAAUUCACAUGGAUGCGACAACUUUAUAUGUUUGGUUAGUGACUUUUCCUUGUUAAAUGUGGACUGUAGACCAUUUUUUGUUUGAAGGCUAUUGAUUUGAUGGUUAGCAUCAUCUUGCCAGUUUGAUUUUUUAAUGAUGGUCACAAUAGGACCUCCCAAAAGAAUUGCUUGGAUCAAUCAAAUAUAGAACGCCUGGGUUUAAGUACUUCUAUUUUUCUGAUGUGUUGCUUUAGUAUGAAUAGUUGCAGAUCAUUUUUAGGCAACCAGAGAUUUGAUUUGUAAUCUCUUGAUUUUAUUGGUGAUGCUACUAGGUGCGUUGGAGGUGAUUGAUGAGAGAGUUUACAGAUGUGAAUGAUCAAGCUGCUCAACGGGUGCGGGCCACUAUUGCAGCUUUCCUUGCUCAAAAAUCAGGCUGUCUGUUCAUAAUAAUGUGCCAUACAUGUAUAUUAAAUGGUAACUGUCCAUUUCAUACACAAACAUUUGGAUCACCUGAUUUGCAUGGGACCUGAUUCUUGGACCUAAGCAUAAGUUGUGGGUGAGGUUUCCUAAUCCCAAAUGUGUGUGGAGCAUUGCCCAACCAAAUGCAGCUACAUACACCAAUGCAGAAUAAGGGUGUGUGAUAAGAGCUUUGUGGGGGACACUCUUAGGAAUUUCUGGCUUAAAAAUCAAUUACUUAGGUGAACCACUGUGUAUAAAACAAAUGGAUGUUUAGAAAGAGUUGUAUAUUUUGUCAACUUAGGAGCAAAAAGCCUGAUUAUUGUUCCAUAUUGGCAUCUGCGGCUACACGUGGAUGGUCAUGAUUCCACACAAGGGUGUGCUUUGCCUCUGUUUUAAGUUUGCUUCAUAUGGUUUUUUACUUGUUUGGUCCCUUAUGAUAGUUGGAGUUACAACAUGUACAAUGUUCAAUUGCUCUAGCGUUGCUUUUGUUGUAUGUAGGGAAUGCAUUUGGAUUUGUCUGCAUUUAAUCCAUGCUUUGAAGCCCAUAAUGGAUUAAUAAGUAAUUUCACAUCCUGGCUUGAAAUUGGUUAGUGUUAGUAAUAUUCCUACAAUUUAAAAAGUUCUCUAUUUAUUAUAACCCAACCCAAGCAAAACUAAUUGAUAGUUACUUCUUAUCCAAUCUUUAGAUCUAUUUCCCAAGCAAUUGAUGUAUUAUUUUCCUAACCGUCUUUUGUAGGAUUGAUUUGACAGAUUAGGAGCUUUGAUCCAUAAGAUUUUUGGAGCAUCUUUCUUUUAUGACAGAGCCUAUCAAAUCAAAGUUUGGAUCUUAGAACUACUAUCUGCACUUGUAACUCACAUCCAAACACUUUGACCAUUUACAUUAGGAACUUAUACUUCCUGUUUUAUCCAUGAUUAGUUUUUAAAGUUAGGUAUAUGCUUCAACUUCUUUUAUAGAUUUAAUCAAUCAUAUUCUAGCAUACAACUUUCAGGUUUUAAUCACAAAUUGAUUUCAGAUUUUUUUUUUUUUUUUUUCUCUCACAGCAGAGAUUGUGAUGACCUAUGCGUGCAAGUGACUAGAUGAAGUGAAGAAUGGUAGAAUGGUUGACUCGACAGUGAUGAGAUGUUUGCAUGAUAUUUCUAAUUGUAACUUGAUGAUUCAUGUAUUAUUUAUUUAUUUAUUUAUUUUUUUGUUACAGAUCUUUCAAUAUGAUAACAUGAGUUUAUAUUCAUUAUAUUUUUUGUACUUCAAUCACACAAACAGUUCAUUUAAUGUUUGAUUUAUUCACUGUAUGCAUUGUCUGCCUGUAAUAUGUUAAUUGAAAUUUGAAAUAAAGAGGAAUUUCUUUACGGUGGAGGCCUAGAAGGGCUUCCACCAUUUUUCUUUUUUAA